UCACCAAUGGCAUUGAAAGUGUUCAAUGCUAAUGUUGAGAGGUCAAUGAACUGUACACUUCACUGGAAUGGAGGCGUGGCUUUGAAAUCAAAGAGGGGUUAGGUACUCAUAUUGUUCAACUGGCAAGGGAAUAUUGUAGCUACAGGUCAUGGCAACUAAAAGGUAUCCCUUGUGCACAUGCCAUAGCAGCUAUGCACUAUAGGAGAAUUGAUCCAAGUGAAAAUAUUGUACAUUGGUACAGACAAGAGACCUAUUUAAGGGCUUAUUCUCACUUCAUACAGCCUGUUCCAAGCAUGAUUAUGUGGCCAGACAGUACAAACCCAAAGAUAGAGCCUCCGGAAGUCAAAAAAAUGCCUGGCAGGCCAAGAAGGUGCAGAAGAAAGGAGAUAGGAGAAGUGAGAAGGGCUGGAAAGUUGACAAAAAGAGGGAUAGCCAUGACAUGCUCUGGUUGCAAGUCUAGUACACAUAACAUAAGAAGUUGUCCUUCAAGGCCUCCAACUGCAUCAGCAACAACUUCUGCCCCUUCUAGGAGGAAAUACUCAGUGCCACCAACUGCAUCAGCAACUUCCAAGAGCAAAUACUCAAGGCCACCAACUGCUGAUGCAACUUCUAAGAGGAAAUACUCAAGGCCACCAAAAGCAGCAGGAUCAACAAGAGCACCAAAUGCACGAGCAACUGCUCCUCCAACUACACCAGCAACUGCUCCACCAACUUCCAAGAGGAAAUACACAAAGCCACCAGUCCCUCCAAGGCCUAAAGCAACUACAAAGGUUAAUGCUUCCCAGCAGUCAUCAACUGGAAGUACAAGAAAAAGUAGUGUUCAUGACACUCAAGAUGCAUCUACAAGCAUGGGAGGGGGCAGGACUAAGUACAAGAGGCCAAGGGUUGUUGGACAGGGUGUAUUUGUGUCUGAGUCUGGAUACAAAUGUGUUAAUCAAGGAAUGCCUAGCAGCAGGUUGGUGUCCACACCUAAGGCAAUGAAUUCAGCCUUGGUCACAGGUGAUAUUGGAUACAAACCCAGCAAAGGAUUGAAGUGGAAAGGAACAAAAGCAGUUACACAAAGACAACUCCAAGUGCAAAGUGCUAAUCAUAGAAUCCAAACAAGAUCAAAGGCUCUUGGAGUUCAAACAAGAUCAAGAAAAGGAAAAUCUCCAAUGAAGUAGUCUGAUAUUUCUAUGUUUAAGCUAGCUAUUUUUGGUGAAACUUUGAUAUGUAA